AUGACGUUGCUAAAGAUGAAGUUCAACCAGCAGAGGCGGGUGCGUCUGGCCCAGGGCCUGUGGCUGCUGUCCUGGCUGGCAGUCAUGUGCGGGGCCUUCAUCUUCUGUCUGGGGGUUUACCUUAAGACAGAGCUGCUUCGUAGGUCCGAGGUGAUGGACAACACAGAGAUCCACGUGGUGCCCAACAUCCUGAUGAUGGUGGGCCUGGCCUCCAUCGGCACCAACUGGGUUGCCAGUCGUGUUUGCCAGGACUCCUUGGAUGCGAGCCGCUUCCCCCGUUGGAAGGUUCUCCUGCUGGCCUGGUUUGCUGUAGCCGCGCUGCUCUGUUGUCUGCUUAUCGCCGUGGUGGUGCUCAGCUACGCCCUGCAGGGACGCCUGGAGGAGUCCCUGAAGGUCGGCCUGAGGAAUGGAAUUCGCUUCUACAAGGACACAGAUGUACCUGGACGCUGUUUUCAAAAAGAGACCAUUGAUCAUCUGCAGAUGGAGUUCCGCUGUUGUGGCAACAACAACUUCAAGGACUGGUUCGAGGUGCAGUGGGUCAGCAACAGAUAUCUGGACUACACCUCCAAGGACGUCAACGAUCGGAUUCGGAGUAACGUGGACGGGCGUUACCUGUUGGAUGGCGUUCCUUUCAGCUGCUGUAACCCGGCCUCCCCUCGCCCCUGCCUGCAGUACCACCUGACGGAUAACAGAGCCCACUUCAACUAUGAGUACCAAUCAGAGGAGCUCAACCUGUACAGCCGCGGCUGCAGGCAGGCUCUGAUUGACUACUACAUGGACUUGAUGAACUCAACCGGUCCUGGCGUGCUGUCAGUCAUCCUAAUACAGAUGUCAGUCCUUCUGAGCCUGCGAUACCUGCAGACGGCCGUGGAAGGAGCCAUGGCUCUGGAGGACCCCGAGGGUGAAAGUGAGGGUUAUCUCCUGGAGAACAGUGUGAAGCAAACCUUUGAGGAUUGCAAAGCCAAGGUCCUCGACAUUCUAAAGUUUGCGCAGGUUGAUGCCACUGCUGACGAAGCGUCCGGGGAUGCAGACGGCGAGAAAACAGCUGAUGAGAAGGCGGCCUCCCCAACUCCUGCCAGCUAG